AUGGAUUUCCUACCCAUUAUCCAAAAGACGCCAGAAUUCUUUGAAAAGUCUGGAUACCAAAAUCCCGGAGACCCCAAUGAUGGUCCAUUUCAACAUGCCUACAACACGACUGGUACCUGUUGGGAUUGGCUAGCUGAGCACCCAGAUGCACUUGACCGCUUCAACACUUUCAUGGAGGGCUCCCGAGAUGAGCGUGCUCACUGGGCUGACUGGUUUCCCGUUGAAGCACAAUUAUUGAACGGGUCGUUGGCUGACCGGCCAUUGCUUGUUGACGUUGGCGGGAAUCGUGGCCAUGAGCUCACUGGGUUUAAAGAAAAGUUCCCAGUAGGUGCUGGAAAGCUUGUUCUUGAAGAUUUGCCUUCUGUGAUCGAGGAUAUUCAAAGCCUUGACGGCGAUAUUCAGAGAGUCAAACACAACUUCUUUGAUCCCCAGCCAGUCAAAGGUGCUCGUGCAUACUACUUCAAGCAUAUUUUGCAUGACUGGUCCGACGAUCACUGCAGAACAAUUUUAAAACACACUACUGCUGCUAUGGAGAGCGGAUAUUCCAAAAUCUUGAUCGAGGAUUACGUUGUGCCAGACCAAAAUGCCGGGCUCAAGGAGACAUUGAUUGAUAUGGUCGUCAUGGUAUGGUGUCCAGGAAUUGAGAGAACUCGUCAACGAUGGAUCGAGCUUCUAGAAUCAGUCGGAUUGGAGAUCAAGAACUUCUGGCUGCCUCAUGGGUACACCAAAGGCAUUAUCGAAGCCGAAUUAAAGAAGAUUGAUGCCUGA